AUGGCGAAGGCGCGCUACCAAGUAGAGAGAAUUGUUGACAAGAGGAAAAACAAGAAGGGAAAAACAGAGUAUUUGGUGCGAUGGAAAGGAUACGACAGUGAAGAUGAUACUUGGGAGCCAGAACAGCACCUUGUUAAUUGUGAGGAAUAUAUACAUGAAUUUAACAGACGCCACAAUGAAAAGCAGAAAGAAAGCACAUUAACCAGGACAAACAGGACCUCUCCAAAUAAUGCCAGAAAACAAAUUUCUAGAUCUACCAAUAGUUCUUUUUCAAAGACAUCCACUAAAUCUUUAGUUAUGGGUAAAGACCAUGAGUCAAAAAAUAAUCAACUCUUUUCUGCCACUCAGAAGUUCCGGAAAAACAAUUCGCCAUCUCUCUCUGGGAGGAAAAAUAUGGACCUUGCAAAAUCAGGUAUUAAAAUCCUAGUGCCCAAAAGCCCAAUUAAGAGCCGGACAUCAGUUGAUGGCUUCCAGAACGAAAGCCCAGAUAAAAUGGACCAUAUAGAGCAGGAUCAAGAAGACUCUGUAGCACCAGAAGUAGCAGCAGAAAAACCAGUGGGAGCUUUAUUAGGACCUGGUGCAGAGCGUGCUAGGAUGGGGAGCCGACCAAGGAUACAUCCAUUAGUGCCACAAUUGCCAGUGCCAGUACCAGCCACAAUUGCAUCAGCAUUAACAAUAAAUGGAAAAGGUACAUCCACCUUUAUGGAAGCAUUAGCAGCCAAUGGUACAACCAAUAUACAGACAUCUGUAACAGGAGUGACAGCCAGCAAACGGAGGUUUAUCGAUGACAGGAGAGAUCAACCUUUUGAUAAAAGGCUACGUUUCAGCGUGAGACAAACAGAGAGCGCGUACCGGUACAGAGACAUUGUUGUCAGGAAACAAGACGGAUUCACACACAUUUUGCUAUCAACAAAAUCAUCUGAAAAUAAUUCACUAAACCCAGAGGUAAUGAAGGAAGUCCAAAGUGCACUGAACACAGCAGCUGCAGAUGACAGUAAACUUGUGCUGUUCAGUGCAGUUGGUAGCAUUUUCUGCUGUGGUCUUGAUUUUAUUUAUUUUAUACGUCGUUUAACGGAUGAUAGAAAAAAGGAAAGCACUAAGAUGGCAGAAGCUAUUAGGAAUUUUGUGAAUACUUUUAUUCAGUUUAAGAAGCCUAUCAUUGUAGCAGUAAAUGGCCCAGCCAUUGGACUUGGAGCAUCUAUAUUGCCUCUGUGUGACGUGGUUUGGGCCAACGAGAAGGCUUGGUUUCAGACGCCAUACACUACUUUUGGACAAAGUCCAGAUGGAUGUUCAUCCCUCACAUUCCCUCGGAUAAUGGGCCUGGCUUCUGCCAAUGAAAUGUUGUUCAGUGGAAGGAAGCUGACUGCACAGGAAGCUUGUGCCAAAGGACUCGUCUCUCAAGUGUUUUGGCCGGGAACAUUCACACAAGAAGUAAUGGUUCGAAUUAAGGAACUUGUCACAUGUAAUUCGGUUGUACUUGAAGAAUCCAAAGCUUUAGUACGUAAUAUCAUGAAGGUGGACUUGGAACAAGCAAAUGAAAAGGAGUGUGAAGUUUUGAAGAAAAUCUGGGGCUCAGCACAAGGGAUGGACUCAAUGUUAAAGUAUCUGCAGAAGAAAAUCGAUGAGUUCUGA